UUCUAAUUGAAAAGUAUGCAGAAACUAUAAAAGCUUAUUUAAUCGCAUUUAAUCUAAAUAUAUUCUAUAUUAUACAAUUAAAAUGACCACGUUGGAAAAUUCAAAAUUUGAAGAAUUAUGUAGAUUAUGUGCAACUAAAACAGAAGUAUUUUUAGCUAUAAAUAUAUUUGAAAAUGAAGGUAUAAUUCGACAAGUAAGCAAAAAAAUUGACUCGUGUCUUCCAGUGCAGGUCCAUGAAACAGAUGAGCUUCCAAAGAUGAUCUGUGAGACCUGUCUGUAUAAAUUAGAAUUAUUUACUGAUUUUCGAGAACGUUCUGCUCGCACGGAAAAACUUUUAAUAGAAUUGUACAAGGAACUCUCAAAUUGUAUUCAAAAUGGUCAAACAUGUCUGGUACCAAUUCACACAAGUGAACUGAUAAUGGUACAGCAACAUCUACAAAAUGUUUCAGAUAUAUCUUUACCCUCACUGUCACAAAGUCAAGAUAUAAUUAUGACACCAGACAUGAAUUCUCAUUCUUUAGAGAAUAUUGUAACUAGUAGUUUAAGUAAUACUGAUUUUUCUAAUCAAACUUUUAGUACACAACAGGAGCCUGUUGUUGUAGAUUCCAGUUCAGGAAGUAAGUUUGAAGAUAAUUUAAGUCUGAUACAACAACAUCAAUUGUUGACUGAACAAUUUAGGCUACAGCAAGAUUUACAACUAGAUAAUGAAAAUAUUCCUCUAUUAAAUGAUUUAAAAGACUCAUCGAACCAUUCAACUCAUCGAUUUGAUUUUCAAGUAAAAUUAGAAGAACAAAAUAUCUGCAGGUUGCAAUUUGAAAGUCAUAAGCUGUCGCUAAACCAAAUAUCAUCCAAGUUAGAUUUGGAAACAUUCAAACAAGAUGAUAGUUCCAGCAAUAGCAACAGCCUCAGUUCCUCACAUUUAGAGAAAGGACUGGAAGAGAUUGGUCAAGAAAAUCCAUUGAACCAAAAAGAUAUGUUUGAUCUGACCUCUGGAAGUAGUGAUCCAAUGAUGAGUCUUGAAAAUGAAGAAGGAUAUUAUUGUAACGUUUGUGGCAAAAUUUUUGAUCAAAGAGAUCAAUUAGAUCUGCACUGCCUAGAUCAUUAUCAUAAAUGCGUAGUAUGUAAGACUGUUUUUUCUAGUGUACAGGAACUCAGCAGCCAUAAAAAGACUUGUAAUGUGGAUAAAAAAUGUGAUAAAUCAUCUGAAAUAUUGAAAGCUGAAUGUGAAUGGAGUAGUGAGGAGAGUGAAAAUUAUGAAUUAAAUCCGAUAAAAAAUGAGCCAGAAGAAUCUGGAAGUCACAACACAUCUAGUAAUAGAAGCAAUGGCAUCGUUGUUAGUAAUGAAGCAAAGAAAUUACCAAAAUCUAAAUUGGUAGCUAAGAUCUGUACUGAAUGUGGAAAAACGUACAAAACUAACUACAAAUUAGCUGAACACAUGAGGAAACACACUGGAGAAAAACCAUUUAAAUGCAGAUCAUGUGAUAAAACAUUCAGAUCAAGAAUCGGUCUAGCGCAACAUGAGGCUAAACAUACAGGGCAAUACGAAUUUUCCUGUCCGACUUGCGGUAAAGGGUUCCAAUGUAAAAGUUAUUUAAUGGUACACCAAAGGGUCCAUUCGAACGUUAAACCUUACCCUUGUACGACAUGUGGUCAAAAUUUUAAGACUAAGCAAUCGCUGCUAGACCAUACCAAUAGGCAUUUAGGAGUUAAACCUUUUAUCUGUGAUAUUUGUGGACGAGGGUUUAUUACUAAAGGUCUUUGUCGAGCACACAGAAAAAUACAUUCCGGUCAGGACAACCGCAAAUACUCCUGUCAUGUCUGCGACAAAAUGUUCGUCUCCAAGAGUUAUUUGCAGACUCAUCAGCGUAUUCAUACUGGUGAAAAACCAUUCAUGUGCGAGGUAUGCGGGAAGGGAUUCCUUACAGGAGUGGAUUUAAAAAUUCAUUUUACGAUGCAUUCGGGAGAGAAAUCAUACGUAUGUGAAAUGUGUGGAAAAGCGUUUGCAAGGAGAGAUGCAUUACGUUGUCAUAGGCGGUCUCACACUGGUGAAAGGCCCUAUAGCUGUGACUUAUGCGGUCAAACCUUCACACAAUUCACUCCCAUGGUGAUCCACAAGCGACUGCAUACUGGAGAAAGACCUUAUAUGUGUGAAACGUGCGGAAAAGGUUUUGUUUCGAGGUCUACGAUGAUGUCCCAUGCCAAAAAACACGUGUGAUAAUAAAAUAGUACUAAUGAAGGUACUAUGAAGACUGCUUAUUGUAUUUAUAUAUAUUUAAGUUAUUUAUAAAACUGC